AUGACACCUGAUGCAUUCAUGGCCAUUGUAAAAAUAGAUGGUGUUAGUCCUAGGGUUGUAGAUUACUUCACACAGUAUGUGCAUGAUGAAGGUAAGUAUGCAUCAGUCUUCCAUUAAAAUUUUAAUUAUGCCCUCAUUGCUAAAUUCGGAGAAAAAAGCAUAGUGGAUUUGCAGUCAGUAUGGUUCAAAUAUAAAAGGUGAGGGAUUUGACUUUUCCAGGGUGUAAUGCAACUCAAUGGGUUAAGGGCGAAUUACAUGAGCUCCCAUAUAAACACUCCAUCUAGGCCAGGCAGUGUGAAAUUUGCCUUUUGAUCAAGCACAAAUGUGUUUAUCUGUACAAAAAUAUGAUGUUUAGACAGUUUUAGACGUUUUGCUAAUUUUUUUUUAAACAGCUGAAAGAAUACCCUAUCUCUUGUCGUUUACAACUGCGUGUGAAAAAGUUCCUCCACUUGGAUUUACUGAUCCAGAACAUAUUGCUGUAUCAGAAGAUAGUACGGCAGUUUUCCCAGUGGCAAAUACAUGUGUUAUGGAAUUGCAACUACCGGCCAAGCAUCAGAAUUAUGAAAAAUUCAGAUUUUUUAUGAACCAGGCUUUAAUUAUGGAAAGCACUGGAUUUGGAUUCGCAUGA